GAUCUUCUAUCGCCACGACAAUGAACAGCAAGGUUUUCUUCGUUUUGGCUGCAGUGGCUGUGGCUGCUGCCGAUAGGCGACCAUACUCCUAUUCUGCGCCACAGUUUUCCUCCGAGGAAUUCGGCCCCGCCCACUACAACUUCGACUGGAAGGUAGACCACAGUGAUUCCGGCAACGACUUCGGCCACCAGGAGGCCCGCGACGGCGACGACACCCAAGGAACCUACUACGUGCAGCUUCCCGACGGCCGCCUGCAGACCGUCAGGUUCGCUGUCAACGGCGACUCCGGAUUCCUCCCUGAGGUGUCCUACGAAGGAGAGGCUCGUUACCCUGACUCCUUCGAGUCGUUCGAGUCUCGUGAGUCUCGUGGCUACGCCCCUCCAAGGCCCGUCUACGGUUAACUGAUUAUUCGCCGAGUUGAUUGGAUUCCACUUACGGAAUCUCACAAGAUCUGGGGUUUCGUAUUGAAUUAAUAAAUUUCACAUGAAACUAUGAAGCUGUACCAAUAUGUAAAUAUAUACAAAGAAAAUAUUUAUUUAAUAAAAAUGCAUUCUCCA